AUGGAUUCUGCCCAUUCAACCAUCUUCCGUGGCAUCCUUGCUUCCAAACUUCCUCGUUCGGACCUGACUCUCAACCGGCUGACCCAAGAGGCAGUCAGCGUGACCGGCGCGGGCAUGGAAACGACAAAGUGGACGCUGAACGUGGCCCUCUUCCACGUGCUAGACCAGCCACCCGUACAGGCCCGCCUCAAAGCCGAGCUCGCUAACGCCAUGCCCGACGCCAGCGUCAUCCUUCCGUGGGUAGAGCUGGAGAAGCUGCCAUAUUUGUCAGCUGUGAUUAACGAAAGUGAGUACACACACACACACACACACACACCCAUGAGUACCGAAACACGCACCGUCGAGCCCAGCGUCCUAACGCAGCCAGGCCUCCGUCUCGGCUACGGCCAGGUCCAGCGCCUUCCGCGCAUCAACCGUCUCGGCACGUGGAAAUACAAGGAUUGGGAGAUCCCCUCAGGUGCCACCGUCGGCAUGGAUGCGUAUCACAUGCACAGCAACCCGGCCAUCUAUCCGGACCCGCAGGCUUUCAAGCCCGAGCGGUGGCUCGGCGAUCCAAAGGGGCCGGACGGCGUGCAUCCGCUUUCGAACUAUCUCGUCCCCUUCGGCCGCGGGUCCCGCAUAUGCAUCGGCCGGCCGGUAGCCCUGAUGGAGCUGCAUGUGGCUUUGGCAACGCUGUUCCGCAGACAUGAGUUGGAGCUGUACGAGACGCAACUAGCAGAUGCGGACUUCGUGCUAGAUAUUGUCGUGCCGAUGCCGAGGUGGGGAAGCAAGGGAGUUAGGGCGUUGGUAGUCAAAUAA